UAUAAUUAAAUGGAAGAACUUGAAUAAUACUAUUAAAUCAUCAAAUUCUUAGGAGCUGGGGGUUUUGGAAAGGUAGUUGAAGCUAUACAUAAAGAGGGAAAAGGAGAACAUGUAGCUGUGAAAGUAAGAUAAUAGAUAAAUGUUUAAAUUAGAUUCUUCCUAAAAAAGACUAUAAAGUAGCAUAGAUAAUAUCAGAGGCUUAAAUACUAGCAAAGAUGAAGCAUCCUAAUAUUGUUUAAUUUAAGGGUGUGAGAGAAACAGAAAAUAAACUACUAAUAGAAAUGGCUCUUAUAAAAUAAGGUCCGUUGAAAGUGCGCAGAUAUACAUAACAAGAAGCUAGAAUCAUUAUGACGAGUAUAUUCAAAGCAGUUUAGUUUAUUCAUGAACAUGGAGUAGUUCAUCGAGAUCUUAAACCUGAGGUAACUGUAAAUGAAUUAAGAUAAGAGAAUAUACUAGUUGAAGACUCUAACGAUUUCAGUACAUUAAAGAUUGUCGAUUUUGGAUUAUCAGCUGGAUAAAUUGUAUUACAUGGAUAAUGUGGAACACUUAUUUACAUGGCUCCAGAGUUAUUUAGUCAAAGAGUUUACUCUAAGCCUAUCGAUAUUUGGAGUUGUGGAAUCAUACUCUACUAAAUGUUAACAGGAAAACAUCCUUUAUAUAAAUCAGGAGAGAAUUCUCAUGAUUAUAAAAAGAAACUCUUAGAUCCAAAGUGGGAGUUCCCAGAUGAUUUUGAUCCUAUGGCUAAACAUCUAUUCUUAAAAUGUGUUUCUCUAGAUCCUAUUCACAGAUAUAGUGCUAAUUAAAUCUUAUAACAUCCUUGGAUUACUAAUUCUAAAACAGAUCCUAUACCAUUAACAUUACCAGAAAUGUACAGAGCCUUUACUGUUAGAGAAUAAAUUCUAUAAAAAAUAAAGACACUUAUGUUAUUAGUUUCUAUUAAAGGUAUGAAUGUUGAUACUACGUAAUAUAAUAUCCUUAUUAUUUAGGUAUUUGAUCAAGUAAUCAUAAAAAUUACAGGGUAACAAUUCCAAUUUAUUGGAUAAAGAUUAUAUAAAAGAAAUGUUUAGAGAACAAUAAGUAUUAAAAGAAAAUAAGAAUAUACCUCCUGUUAAAUAAUAGUUAAGAUAUGAAAAAAUCUUAUAAGUAUAUUUAUUUCAUUAUUCUCAGAGAAUUCAAGAAAAUGAAGCUAAAGAACCAGAAGAGAAAUGCCUUACUAAAAAUUCUUAACGUGUAAUCACUAAUGAAAAUAGCUAACCUUCAUCUUCUUAAAAAUCUUUGAAUAGUAGCGUUCUUAAUCAUGAUUCAAAUAAAUAAGAACAACUUUAUAUUCAAGCUGGAAAUAAAAACCAUUUUAAAAAGAAACUCUUUAAGAAAAAUCAUUACAGUGAUAAAAAAAAAACAUCAAAUCCUUUUGAAAUACCUGCCCUUCGAUCAAGAUCAACUACAGCUAAUCACAAAACUGAAUUAAAAUAAGCAUAACCAUAACAUUUUGAAUCUCCUAAAAAACCCGUUUCCAUGAUUCGUUCUUUUAAGCAACAGUUUAAUACACAACAACAAUCAUAAUAAUAAAGUUAAUCUCCCAUCAGGAAACCUCCAGAUACCAAAAACAAAAGCAACAGUUCUACUAAAAAAUUAAGUAUGGCAGAAUAAGAAUGCAUAGAUGCUUAUCGUUUUGAUUAAGAGAGUAAAUAUUAUUAUUUAUCAUCUCUAGAAGUUAUACAUAGUAUGUUUAUGCCAAGAGUUUUUAAUAAAAAGAUACUGCCAUUUUCAAGAAAUGUUUAAUCAAGAUUUCCCGUUCAACUCCAAAGUUUGGAAUUGAACAUCCUAAAACCACCACUACCAAAAAAACUUAUCUGA